GUAAUCUGCUGGUGCCGCGCUGAAAUAUGUAAACAUCGUUCAUUCACGAGAUGUUUUGUUGCGUGAUUAGAAGAACCGGAACUUGAAACAUUACAGUUAUAGAACAUCCUGAAAUAAAAACAACUGUAACUACCUACUUGCCGGACAAGAUGAUCUCGAGAAUACCGCUUAAGACGCUGGUCAAAACGGCCACCUACAUUGCCAUCGGCGGCAUUACCGCUGCCAUAGUUAUGAAAUCAAAACUGGAGGAUCGUGUGAGAACUCAACCGUACUACCGGGAAUCUGUCCGGCUACUGCGGGCCCAUCCAGGUGCCAUCCAGCUGCUGGGCGAGCCUAUCAAGGAGAUGGGCUUCGACAUCGGCGAGGAGACGAAAAAGUACGGCGAAGGCAAGAUUGAAGAUUUUACACUGCCGGUCAAGGGCUCGCAGCAGCGGGGCAAGUUGCAUUUCUGGGCCGAGCGUAAGGACGACAAAUGGAACGUGACGCGGGCCGAGUUGGAGCUGGACAGCGAUGCGAGCCGACGGUUGGUCAUCAGGAAGCCGGAGUGAUGCGCUGACUGAACCUGAACGGGAAAUGAAAUUGAAUGUAAUUUAAACUA